CCCCUUCUGAGGUCCAAAAGCUUCUCAGAAUCUCAUGUCAAGUUCAGCGUUGUCGUCAUCUUCCACAAGCAUGAAGAUUGGGUUUGUGGGAUUUGGCCGCUUCGCGCAAUUUCUGGCGAAGACAUUUGUCAGACAAGGGCACACUCUUCAUGCUACUUCUCGCUCUGAUUAUUCCACCCUCUGUUCCCAAUUAGGGAUUCAAUUCUAUAGGGAAGUGACCACAUUCCUUGACGCCGACAACGACGUCGUACUCAUCAGCACAUCCAUUCUUUCCCUACCAGAGGUUCUCAGAUCCAUGCCACUUGAUCGACUCAAAAAACCUGUACUCUUUGUUGAUGUACUUUCAGUCAAAGAGUUUCCAAGAGAAGUUCUACUACAGGUUUUGCCGGAGGAAUCGGAUAUUCUCUGCACGCACCCAAUGUUUGGACCAGUUAGUGGCAAUGAUGGGUGGAGAGAUCUAAAUUUCAUGUACGAAAAAGUUCGAAUCAGAAAUGAAGAUAUCUGCUCCAAUUUCCUCAAAAUCUUUGAAAGUGAAGGUUGCAGAAUGCUGGAAAUGACCUGUGAGGAACAUGAUCGAUUAGCUGCCAAGAGUCAAUUCAUCACACAUGCCAUAGGCAGGGCACUGGGAGAGAUGGAAAUCACGUCCACACCUAUCGACACCAAGGGCUUUCAGACACUUGUUCAAGUGAAGGACACCGUAAUGAGUAGUAGUCUUGACCUCUUCAGCGGAUUGUUCAUGCAUAACAGAUUUGCCAGACAAGAGCUGGAUAACCUUGAAAAUGCCUUGCACAAAGUCAAGGAGAUGCUGAUUCAAAAGACGAAUGAGGAGCAAGAGAAGACUGAAUGUUGAUGCUUUGCAUUGUUGACGAUUAAGCAGCAUUCCUGAGCGAUGUAUCAUCUUUUUCAAUUUCUUUCCCAUCCUAUGCCCUACAUCAGUCUAAAUCUUUCAUAUUUCUUUAUAAUAAAUUUCUCGUAGGGCUUGGAGAGAUAGGGAAAACUUCUUACACACUUGUUUUUAUGUUGCAUUAUUUCCGAACUCUACAAGAUGUUUACCAUCAAGAUUUGUAAAAGUUCCUUGUACUAUAAAAUUGAUCUUAUUUCUUUGUUUUUUUGGGGGCAAA